GAGUAAAAGUCUCCAACUCUCUGACGCUUCUGAAGGUGGAACCGUCCAUUGCUCUUAUGACAUUAUGACUUUGUAUGACUUUAUGAUUACAUGAUAAUUUCUAUGAUCUUCAAGCACAUCUGAUACAAAUAAUGCGGAUGGGAGUCACAUUGUUAUCUCUCUUACUUCACUUGCGUCCUAACUCUCCCGUCUCCCGUACUCCGUCUCCACAUCCUUUUCUUGUAAGUUAUUUUCCUCCAUAAGAUUACAAAGGAGAGUUACGCCCUUCGUCUUGACACCGGUUGAACAGCUGUCUCAACCCUUGCAAACUACACUACAUGCUCAACAACGGGAAGCCGCGUCAAGUAUAAACUCACCGUAUUUCUCUGUCUUUCCUCAAAGAUUCUUCCAGUCUUUACCUCUGCUGCAUCUCUCUCUCUUCCAUCUACUUCCCUCCAUACUCUUACACCUCAGAUCGGGUCAGAUAAGAGAAGAUGGCUCCUCCAACUGCAAUUGAUAUCGAGGGUGUAGUCGAUACCGAAUCUAUCGUCCUUCCUGAUCCAUUGACUGUCAAUGGAGUCUCUGCAAGAAGGGCAAAGGCUGGGAAAUUUGUUGCAGGUGUCGCAGCAUUCACUACUAGUGAUCAUUUCAAAAAUCCCUCAACAUGGAAACCAAAGGCCAAAAGAUUUGAUCAUCGUAUCUCCCUCGAGAGUAGAUCAAGAAAACCAUCGAACUUAAAAGGCGCCGCUAAAUACUUGGGUCCUGGAAUGAUCUCUCUGGGUGGAGGUUUGCCAUGUCCCGACUAUUUCCCAAUCGAAGAAAUAUCCAUCAAGGUUCCUACAGUACCUCAUUUCUCGGAAGCACAAACAAAAGAGUCUGGAACCAUCUUAACUGCUGGGAAAUAUGAUGUCUCUGAGGGCAAGGGAGCAUAUGAUCUAUCUAUCGCACUCAACUAUGGGCAAGGUUCAGGAUCUGCCCAGAUGCUCCGAUGGGUAACAGAGCAUACCGAAAUCGUUUGCAAUCCACCUUAUGCAGAUUGGGGCUGUUCUCUUACUGUUGGAAGUACCUCAGCCUUGGAACAGACAUAUCGCAUCUUCUGUGAAAGAGGUGACUUUGUGUUGUCUGAAGAAUAUACAUUUGCUUCUGCUGUCGAGACUGCCGCUCCACUUGGUGUAAAAUUCUUGGGUGUCAAAAUGGAUGCUGAAGGUCUCUUACCAGAAGCCUUGGAUGAAAUUUUGAGCAACUGGGAUGAACAGGCAAGAGGGGCUAGAAAGCCAUUUGUUCUUUACACUGUACCUUCCGGGCAAAACCCUACCGGUGCAACACAAGGUAUCGAGAGGCGACAUGCUAUCUACAAGGUUGCCCAAAAGCACGAUUUAUACAUCAUAGAAGACGAACCCUACUACUUCCUUCAGAUGCAACCAUAUACAGGGCCAGAUGCUCCUGAUGUCCCACCACCCGCCAACAAUGAUGAAUUUUUGAAGGCUCUCAUUCCAACCUACCUAAGCAUUGAUACUGAUGGAAGAGUAAUGCGAAUGGAUUCUUUCUCUAAAGUAAUUGCACCUGGUACUAGAGUAGGAUGGAUCACUGCUUCCGAACAAAUUGUCGAGAGGUUCAUUAGAUCUAACGAAAACUCCAACCAAAACCCAAGUGGAAUCUCCCAAAUGGUUCUUUACAAACUUCUUGAUGAAAGCUGGGGACAUGGUGGUUAUCUUCAAUGGUUGAUCAACCUUCGAUUGGAAUACACUAAGCGCCGAAAUGUUAUUCUCGCCGCAUGUGAAAAAUACUUGCCCAAGGAUAUCGUAAGCUGGAACCCGCCAUCUGCCGGCAUGUUUCUCUGGCUCUCGGUAGAUUGGCACAAACAUCCAGCUGCCAAAACUAAGCCAAUUGCAGAUAUCGAGCAAGAGAUUUUCCUCUCCGGCAUUGACCAAGGAGUUCUCAUCUGUCCGGGUAGCUGGUUCACAGCCGAGAAAGAUGGCUUUGUACCAGUAGAUAUGUUUUUCCGCGCCACAUUUGCUGCUGCAUCGGAGGAAAAGAUGACGGAAGCUAUUGAGAGAUUCGGGGUAGCUGUUAGAAAUAGUUUUGGCAUUGAAUAAAAGGGGAUAUUUUGAUUGCAUAGUUGCGAGGCGUUGAUAUCAAAUCGGGUUAGACAAUCUGUUGCGAGAUAAUGGUAUGAUUUUCAAACCAAGUUUUAGAGCCAUGAAAUUUUUCAAAAAGAACUAGUAUUUUGUACAAAGUCUUGAGGCUUCCUCGAAUCUAGAUGAUCCUGAACAUGAAGUUCA